AAUAGAGGAGUGUGUGUGUUUGUAUUUGUGUGUGUGUGCUGAAAGAUGGCGGCCCCUGCCCUGAGCAGCAGGGCUGGAUCUGUGAGCAGCCUGGGCAGCAGCCCCACCGCCACGCCGAGCGGCAGCAUCCCCCGGCCGGCCUGCUCCCCGGCCUGCACCCCGGAGCUGGACUUCAGGUCCGGGUCCAGGUUGGACGAGCUGAACCGGCUGAUCCAGGAGUUCAGCAAGCACGACCAGCGCGACUACGACGACCAGCGGGCUCUGGAGAUCCACACGGCCAAGGAUUUCAUCUUCUCCAUGCUGGGUAUGGUCCAGAAGCUCGACCAGAAGUUGCCAGUCGCCAACGAGUACCUGCUCUUGUCGGGUGGCGUUCGAGAUGGUGUGGUGGACAUGGAUCUCGAAGAGUUGGGAGUAUACAACCGUGGCUCUGACUACGACAUGGCCUUCACUCUGCUGGUUCCUGCUCUGAAGCUGCACGACCGAAACCAGCCGGUCACGUUGGACAUGCGCCACUCGGCCUUGGGUCACUCCUGGCUGAGCUUGCGCCUGUUCGACGAGGGCACCAUCACUCGCUGGAGGGACUGCUGCACGCUGGCCGACCACCUCAACGGAACCACCAACUACUUCUUCUCGCCCACUCUGGUGGCCGAUUGGUUCCAGGAAGCUGUAGCGCUGGUGUUGGCCGAGGUUCAACGGAAGCCACAGCGGGGAACCCCGAGAGUAGAGCGAGUGGAGCGCCACAGCACCUUGCUGUCCAUGAUUCUUGGAGUGGGCAGCAGUCGCAUGCUCUACGAUAUCGUUCCGGUUGUGUCUUUUAAAGGUUGGCCUGCAGUUGCACAAAGCUGGUUGAUGGAGAAUCACUUCUGGGAUGGGAAGAUCACGGAGGAAGAGGUGAUCAGUGGGUUUUAUCUUCUGCCAGCUUGCUCGGCUUCUGGGCGAAGAGAGAACGAGUGGCGUCUUUCCUUCGCCCGUAGCGAGGUUCAACUGAAGAAGUGCAUCUCUCCAGGCCUUAUGCAAGCGUUCCAAGCUUGCAAGGCCAUUCUUGUUAAGUUGCUUGGCCAACCUUCUUCUGUGAGUCCCUACCACUUGCGCAGCAUCAUGCUCUGGGCAUGCGAUCGUCUGCCGGCGACUUACCUCGGACAAGAGGACUUUGCCGCUCACUUCUUGCUUGGGCUCAUUGACGACCUGCAGCAUUGCCUGGUCAACAAGACGUGUCCCAACUAUUUCAUUCCGCAGUGCAACAUGUUCGAGCACUUGUGCGACGAGACUGCCAUGUUCCACGCCCGAAAACUCGCUCUGGUUCGUUCAGAUCCGGCAGAACACUUGCGCUCCACAAUCGAGCAAGCCAAGGCUGCCAAUCGCCUGACGCAAGAGAUGCAACGGCGUGGAAGUUCUUCAGGACUUCCCUCGCCGCAAGCAGACUCGUUUUCCGCCGACCACCAGCAGCCAGAUGAUCGGCUGGCCAAGAAGCUCCAACAGUUGGUUACCGAGAAUCCAGGCAAGUCCAUCUCCGUGUUCAUCAACCCAGACGACGUAUCGAGACCUCACUUCCGAAUCGAUGACAAGUUUUUCUAAGGAGUCUUAACAGUAAGAAUUGUGCUGUUACUGCUGUUAUUGAAACGGAAAGAAAGCUGAAGCUGUGUGCCCUAAACCUGCCCAUUACAAAAAAAAGCUGCUGAGAGGCUGUUCUCCAGCUCUGGAGAAACGUCCUCUGGGAGAAGCGCCGAGCGAGAAAAGUGGGGUAGGAGUCAACAUUUCUGAAGCCUUUUUUUUCCCUGAGGGUUAGAGAACACUUAGAGAACAGCAAUUUCGGGUAGCUGUACUUGGACGUGGACAGAAGUGCUGCGCACAGUCCAACGCUUUGUACGGUUGAAGACGACCAACGUGCAAAUUUGCAGGGUUUCUGCGACGUCUGGAAAUACAUCCCCUUCUCUUCUACCCUGGUGAAUUCUGAACAAGUCUACUUGACUUAAACUAACAGAUUAAAACAACAGAUUACUGCUAGAACCCGAUGGCUUUUCCUGUGUUCCUGUGUUCGUAAAAAAAAAAAAAAAAAAACCCUUGAUCUGUUUUUUUGAUUUUUUUUAUGUCUUCAAACGACAGACAUAUCUGUGCUACUUUUACCUGUAAACUCUGUACAAAAAGACUUGUAACUUCUUUUACGGAUAGUGAAACAACGACACGACCUGUCAAACACAAAGCCAAAACCUUUUUUAUAUGUAUCUGGCUCUGUAUCGUAAUGGAUGACCCUCGAGUUCACUAUUCUAUUACUCUCUAUAAGUGCAAUUAUUGAAACACAAUUAUGCCCAGAUAGAGCAAGUUUGUUUUUUGGUGUUUUUUAAUUUCCAAUCGGAAGAUAGAAGAAGAUUCUCCACAUUUGUAUUCUGUUCAAGGCCACGAGCUGCUGCUACCAGGACUGAAAGGGACUGAAAUCUGAUUUUCUCAGUUUCAAACUUUGUCAAAUUGCUGCUUAUAGCUGCCACUAGCCACUGUAAAGCCAUCAGUCCAACCACCAGGUAUCCAACAGAACUCUACCAUCCAUCCAGUUUCACAACAUCGUUAGUCCAUCUGAGUUACGUUGUUGAAUCUUCGAGUUAAAUUCCACUUUACCUGUAUUGUAUCAUCUGUAAAUAAAGAAUUGUGUAUGUAUUUCAA